UCUGCCACAGGCUUUCACCUCAAAGUGUGAGCGUUAACUGGAGCCGAGGCUGGUGAGCAUGCGACUUGAGUUGUGACAUUUUCAUUUGGUACUGUGCUACAAAUAGAACAAGGGGCAUGCAGUGUUAGUCACACUUCUUGAAAAUGCCUACGAAGGGGUUGAUUUGUGAGGGUGGCGGAAGGUCAAAAAGGGAAGUGACUGCUUUAAAUCUUUACAUGUAACGAACCAAUCAUAGGAAGUUCUACUGGUCUCUGUGAACAUCUACCCCAGGAACUGUAGCCUUAUCUGUCAAUGAAUGUAUAUUUCUGAUAAGACAACAGCUCUGAAGAGAUGAACAAAUACCACUUUUGGGAGCCAGUUUGCACAGCCUUUUCCCCUCCUAUUUUCUAAUCUCCCACAGAAAUCAAUACACAACAAACAUGAUGGAUCACAACUCUUCUUGUCAUGGUGACAAGUUCCAGGUGCAUUUAUUGCCUUCAGUGUACGGUGUUGAGUUCUGCGUGGCGUUGGUUGGUAACCUGUUUGCCCUGAGACUCCUGUCUACCAGGGAUAGGAACAGCUGGCACACUGGUGUGGUGCUGUCCUGUAACCUGGCCAUCAGUGACCUGCUCUAUGUCCUCACCCUGCCCCUGCUCAUAGUCUACUACAUGCAGGACAAGAACUGGCUGUUUGGGGUGGCGGUCUGUAAGAUAGAACGCUUCCUCUUCACCUGCAACCUGUAUGUUAGCAUCUACUUCAUCAUGUGUAUCAGUGUGAACCGCUAUGUGGCCAUUGUGUAUCCCUUCUUCAGCCGGAACCAUGUGAACCCCGCCAAAGCCAAGGCUGCUAGUGUCGCCAUCUGGAUCUUUGUGACAGCCAUCUCCUCUCCUGUGUUGAAGUUUGCCUCCACAUGUCCAGAGGGAAGCAACAAAACCUGUUGUGUAUCCUACUCCUAUUGCCCCAACAGUGAUGCAGUUGCAUACUCUCACUUGUUUUACAAAGUCUUUCUGUCUGUGGUUGGGUGUUUUAUUCCCUUCCUGGUCACAUUUGCAUCAUACUGCGCAGUGUUGAGGGUGGUGUGGAGGAAUGUGAAUAUAACCUCCCUGGAGAAACGGAAGGUGGCCCUGAUGGUGUUUGCAGUGGUUGUGCUGUAUGCCAUUUCCUUUGUGCCUUAUCACCUCCUCCAGUGCUACUAUUUCUACCAGAAGGUUUACAAACUUGGCUCGGUCUGCAACUGGGAGUACAAGGCCUACCAAGUGUCCAAGGGACUGGCUACACUGAACAUGUGCAUCCAUCCACUGCUAUACAUGGCUGUGUUUGAUAACAUCAGAGUGGCCUGCUGUGGAAGGAGCUCAGCAGAUAUGGCAAUGAAUAAUACAUGAAUUAAACGAUGCUCUCUCUGCUCCUUG